AUAAUGGAUCUAACACUCCAUCACACACACAUCUACACAUGUUUCACAAAUAUCAUUAAUAAAAGUUCACUAAUGGAACAAUCAACUAAUAUCAAUUACAUACAUCCUUCAUUCGUUAAUGAAAAACGUCUGUUAUUGGUGUCAGUCUGAAUUUGAGAAUACUUCAAUACUCAUAGAAAAAUGACUCCAAACACGUAUCUUGGAAAUAAUUACGUUGAUAAAACUUUUCAAACUGCUCUGCUACCGUUAAAUCUUCUGCAAUACAUAUCAUUUCUUUCUAAGUUUACCAUUCGGAAUAAUUUCAUUCAUCCUAAGGGAUACAUUUACUUUUCUAUGUCAUUUUGUUUUGUUUGCAUAUUGAUAUACGCUCAUUUCGCGCAUACAAAGCUCGAUUGGCUAUUCGAAAGUUCUAUGUACUUUAAUACGAUAUAUUUUGCAAUGGUUUUCAAUUUCGUAUCCUAUUCCUGCGAUGGCAUCUUGUUGUAUGUCAGUCACAUCUACAGCAGUAAGUAUGCUGUAGAGUUUGUGUUGAAAAUCCAGAAAACUAUUAAUACUUUUAGAUUCGUCUCCAAAAAUAACUUCAAAGUUUGGAAACGUGGCAACUGGAUCUACGUAGGGGGAAUCUACUUCAUCUAUUUCAUUAUCGGCUUGUUAAUUAAAGAAGUUAUACAAGAAUGUGAUAAGAAUCAAACGAGCCAAGUUCAGUAA